AUGGAGUUCCCGUUCGAUGUGGACGCCCUGUUCCCGGAGCGGAUCACGGUGCUGGACCAGCACCUGCGGCCCCCGGCCCGCCGGCCUGGAACUGCAACGCCGGCCCGAACGGACCUGCAGCACCAGAUCAUGACCGUUGUUGACGAGCUGGGCAGGGCAUCUGCCAAGGCUCAGCACCUUCCUUCCCCCAUCACCAGUGCAUCGCGGAUGCAGAGUAACCGUCAUGUCAUGUAUGUGCUCAAAGACACUUCAGCCCGACCGGCUGUAAAAGGUGCCAUUGCUGGAUUUCUCAAAGUUGGAUACAAGAAACUCUUUGUUCUGGACGACCGCGAGGCUCACAAUGAAGUAGAACCACUCUGUAUCUUGGACUUCUAUAUCCACGAAUCACUUCAACGUCACGGCCAUGGGCGAGAACUCUUCCAACACAUGUUGCAGAAAGAGCGAGUGGAACCACACCAGCUGGCUAUUGAUCGGCCCUCCCAGAAGCUCCUGAAGUUCCUGAAUAAGCACUACAGCCUGGAGACCACAGUGCCACAGGUGAACAACUUUGUGAUCUUUGAAGGCUUCUUUGCGCAUCAGCAUCGGCCCCCUGCUCACUCCCUGAGGGCAGCUCGACAAGCUCGUGCUGCUGCGCUGGAUCCCACGCCCGCUGCCCCAGCAAGGAAGCUGCCGCCCAAGAGAGCAGAGGGUGACAUUAAACCAUAUUCCUCGAGUGACCGAGAAUUUCUGAAGGUAGCCGUGGAGCCUCCGUGGCCCCUAAACAGGGCCCCACGCCGCACCACGCCUCCAGCCCACCCACCUCCCCGCUCCAGCAGCCUGGGAAACUCACCAGAACGGGGCCCCCUCCGUCCUUUCGUGCCAGAGCAGGAGCUGCUGCGGUCCCUGCGCCUCUGCCCCCCACAUCCCACCGCCCGCCUUCUGCUCGCCACUGACUCGGGGGGCAGCCCAGCCCAGCGCCGCCGCACCAGCUCCCUGCCCCGCUCUGAGGAGAGUCGUUACUGACAGACAGGCAGCUCCCCUCCUUCCCUCAGGGACCUGGGGUGGGCAGAGGCCCCAGAUCCCCUCUUCACCCCAUCCCGAGGACUGGCUCAGAGGAACUGACAGCCCAUGGGACCCCCCCUUCCUUCCUGGACGACUGGGUUCGUCAGGGCCCCAGACGGCCUCACUCUUUGUAGCUUCUUCUCUGGCCCCAGAAAGCCCCCUUCAUCCUCACUUGAGCUCUGGACACCCCUCAGGUGGCCCAAUCUGCGGCCAGGCCCCGUGUUGGGUGGCUCAGCCUCAGGACCCAGGAAAGCACACUCUUGCCUGCUGUCAGACUGGAGCCCUGCGAAGUCCAAGGGCCUCCGCUGGCAGGGAACUCCCGUCAGGAGCCUUCUCCGGCAAACAGAUACCCUGCUUUCUCCCCACUGUCCACCGAGGGCUCUAGUCCGGCUCUGUGCCACCCACCGCACGCAUCCUUUCCACCCACUCGUGCCGCCUGUGGUCAGCUCCGCGUCCCAAGGUAGGACAGGGACCUUCUGGAACUACCAGCUCCCCAAAGGGGUCCGCCCAGCAUUGCCAAACGCUUCAUUUUCCCGUUUGAUGUGAUGGGGGCCCCCCAGCUGCCGUCUGCUGCGUCUCAGCAGGAGGCUCCGGGCGCCACCACUUACCUCCCCUGACCCAUGUUUUAAGGGAAUCGGCUCCAGCUAGCCUGCUGGGAUCAUUCUCGGCCCUGCCUCAGGAGUGAAGCGUGGUCUCAAGGACCUAUAAGGUCUGGAAUCCCCCCAUCACAUCCCCCCAUCACGUGAUGUAUCCCUGUCACGUGACACUGUGUGGAGGAAAGCUGGACCGUUCUUCCCGCGGCCUCCUUUCUGUGCUCCUCCCUCCUUCCCUCCCCUCUCCACAGCCAGGAUGGGAUACAUCCUUGCCCCCUUCUCCCCCAGAUCACACACACUACCGUCUCCCCCAAAUCCUCGGGAGCAGGAUCUCCCGCACUCCCUACCCACUCUCCCUUUUCUUCUGCUCAGUGUUGUCUGAAUAAAGUGUGAAUUCUUCUGUGUUUUUUAAA